AAAUUGAUGGAUGGCUAUCCACCUACAGUCAUGCCGUCUCUGAUUUGCUGCUCUACGUCACAUGACUACUGUACCGCGUGACGUGGCUUGUAAUGGCUUCCUACUGCUCUUCGGGAUUUGCAACAAGAUCUGGACUGGCCGGUGUCCUUCGCCGAAUGUGCGGGUUUGACCUGUGCAGGUCCCCCACGGUGCGACUGUGUCAGCCACAUCGCCGCUUCUUCUGGAGGAAGUGGAUGAAAUCUCAUUCAUACAAUGUAGUUCGUCCAGCUACUGUCAGGCCUGCUUAUCCCGUACCCAGGCACAUUGAACAGCCGGAUUACGUUGGCACUGGACUGGUCCCAGAAUGGCCUGACUAUAUCGAAAUCAAAAAUGCAGAGCAAAUUGAAGGCCUCGCCAGAGCGUGCCAGCUAGCUCGACACGUGCUGCUACUCGCCGGGGAAAGUCUGAAAGUUGGUAUGACAACAGAUGAAGUAGACUUCCUUGUACAUCAGGAAACAAUCCAGCACAACGCAUACCCCUCCCCUCUCAGAUACGGAGGUUUCCCAAAAUCCGUUUGUACUUCAGUCAACAACGUGGUGUGUCAUGGCAUACCUGACAGUCGGCGACUUGAAGAUGGCGAUAUUAUCAACAUAGAUGUCACUGUGUAUUUGGACGGUUACCACGGUGACACAUCAGAAACCUUCUUUGUCGGCGAAGUGGAUGAUGUCGGCCGGCGACUGGUGGAAACGGCAAAGCGUUGCAGAGAUGAGGCCAUCGUCGCCUGCAAGCCUGGUGCACAGCUUUGCGUUAUCGGAAACACGAUUAGUGAAAUAGCUCGCACUAAUGGCUUCCAAGUGUGUCCCUAUUUCAUUGGACACGGAAUCGGCUCCUACUUCCAUUGCCAUCCUGAGAUCUGGCACCAUGCCAAUGACAACGACAUGACCAUGGAAGAAGGCAUGACUUUCACAAUUGAACCCAUCCUAAUGGAAGGGUCGGCAGAGUUUCAAAUCCUCCAGGAUAAGUGGACCGCGGUUUCUGCAGACGAUGCAAGAUCGGCUCAGUUCGAACACACAGUCGCUAUCACCUCGGACGGAGUGGAAAUUCUCACCAAAUUGCCAGAAGAGGACGAUAAAAAGAUUCUCGUGUGAAAUUUGACUGUUUGAAAGUCUACACUUGGACACAUGCGCAUACAUGGACAAAAACAUACCGUACUUGAACUGUAAGGUCUCAGGUCAAAUGUUUAAUUCGCAUCUGCAAGACAACAUAUGCAUACACGGAUUUCACAUUUCAACAUGAUUUUUUGUUUUGUUUUGUUUUGUUUUUUUUCUCCCCUGGUUGCAUCCAGUACUACAGGUUUUCAACAUUAGUUUUUUGGAACAGCACCCUCAACUAUACCAACGUGAGCAUAUCUCCAAUUGAACACAAGUGAUGUGUUUUUCAUAAAGUAACAAUGUUGAAUGUCUUUGACUCCUACCUUGUAACAUGCACCGCAGUUUGAUUCAAAUUCCAUUUGUUGUUGUUCUUGUUGUUGUUGUUCUAAUACACCAUAGAGCACAAGUGUCAAACUUAAGGCCCGGGGGCCAGAUCCGGCACUCCAGAUCAUUUUAUGUGGCUUAUGAAAGCAAAUCAUGUGUGUCAGUUUACUACAAUGUGUACCGAAAUGUCAAAUUGUCAUGUGUAAUAAGUAACACUGGAUGGAUGGAUGGAUGGAUGGAUGUUUACACUCACUUGAACAAUAAUUGGACAAAAUACUAUGACUGGAGUAUGUAUGGAGGAAUCAUGUAAUAUUCUGUAUGAAUGAUAUGGAUAUUCUGUUUGCCCAUGACACAUCGCAGACUGAUGUUGACCUGAAAGCCUGAAACAUUUUUUCUGACAGGGAAGUGGGAACCACAUCGAUCCGAGAGAUGGCAGCAUAUGCUUCUCCUUCCAUUUGUUACUUUCUUUUGUGAGCAUGUUUUACCAAUGAAGCCACUCUCCACUCA